CAGGGCCUGGGUAGUCCACGCAGGAGAGUCGUGGGUGCGUGGCAGUGAUACCCUGCAACAAGGCAGGUUGCAACUCUCAUUAUACUCAGCCAGGAGCUGUAGUGCUAUAUCCGUCGGGCGGAGAAAGCUUGGAGCUCCGCUAGAUUAGGAAGAUAAAAUGGGUAAAAAAGAUGCUUCAUCGUCAAGAUUACCGGUUGAUCAAUACCGGAAGCAAAUAGGAAGACAAGACUACAAGAAAACCAAGUCCGUAUUAAGAGCAACAAGAUUAAAAGCAGAAGCCAAGAAAACGGCAAUAGGGAUAAAGGAGGUGGUUCUUAUCCUGGUAGCCCUAUCCGUGUUUCUGUUGGCCGCCUAUGCCUUCUUCUACCUUAAAAUGACUUCAGAAGAGAACUCUAACGAAGACUUCAGUAAUUAGGUUCCGGAAGAUGUCAGUCCAUGCGUGUAAUGAGUAAAAUAACUCUAGACUGCUGUGCACUAAAGGACUUUCCGAAUGCAAAUAUCCAUAGAAUAGGAGCAAUAUUUUAAUUAUUGCACUCCUGACAGUUGAAACAUUCCAUUUCUCAAAUACGGUGUAAAAUAGUCUUGAUACAUAAUGAUUGUUAUUACUGUCACUUUCUAUAUCAGAAAUAUAUUGAUUGUCUGCUUAAACAUAGCAAAAAUUCACUUUUUGAUAUGCCUUUGAUGAUUUUUUAAAUGAAAUUCUUGAACAAAUGUACCGUUUAAAUAACUUUAGGUUUAACCUCUAUGUUGCGAAACAUUUUAAAGAUUUCUUUGGUGCAGGACCAAAAAAAUGUUGACAAUGUAGGGAGAGAGCAGUAAGCGAAAGAAUGAUACAUUCCUGGUGAAUCUUACUUUAUUCUAAAUUAUGUUUGAUUUUAAAAUGAUAGGCACACUGUGAUUGUACAUGCUUAUGUCAACAUUUCAAAAAGGAGGAAUAUGUUUUAAUUAAACUCAUUAAAAUAUUACCGUAAUAUGUAUGUGGUAUGUGCUUUAUUCUCAAAUAUAUACCAGUUUCUGAGAG